AUGGAAAACCACCAUCACGAUGUAAAUGAAACUUUUGUAAAAAAUAUUCCCAAUUUUGUAAUAGAUUCUCCGCUUUUUAUGUAUGAUAUUAACAUUACAUCAUCACAGGAAAUCAUCUGUUCCCGGGCCUUCAUUCAGACCAUGGGUGUUUCUUCUUCAACCAAUAAGAAGCUGAUGUUACUCCAGUUCCGAGACAUGGCCGAAAAGUGUGAAAUUCCCUUAAUGGUGUAUAACCAGGCGUUCAUAUAUUUUGAUCAGUAUUCUGCAAUAGUAGAAAACACUGUUUGAAAUGUAAUUGUUGCCUCAACGCCUAUGUUCAUUGUUUCCUUACUGUUAAUCCCUCACCUGCUGUGUUCUUUGUGGGUAACUUUUGCUAUCGCUUCUGUGAUUUUGGGAGUAACGGGUUUCAUGGCAUUCUGGAACAUCAAUCUUGAUUCCAUAUCCAUGAUUAAUCUUGUCAUUUGUAUAGGGUUUUCUUUUGAUUUUUCUGCCCACAUUUCCUAUGUAUUUGUUUCCAGUUCAAAGCCCUCAGUAAACCAAAAAACCAUCGAGGCAUUGUAUCUGCUAGGCUACCCUGUGUUGCAAAGUGCAAUUUCAACAAUAAUAGGAGUGUGUGUCUUAUCUGCAGCUAAAGCAUACAUCUUCAGGACAUUUUUUAAGAUUAUGUUUCUUGUUAUGGUAUUUGGAGUUGCUCAUGGCCUAAUUUUCAUUCCGGUAUUCUUAACCUUUUUUUGAAAGUUUGACUAGUCACUAACCAAUCAAAGACCAGUUGUAGAAUUCCUGAUUGCCCCAAUCCAAUCUGAUAAACAUGUGCUAUUAAGAAUAGUCAAUAAACUAAAAACAAAGGGAUGUUUCCUUGGUGUGGAGAUCCCAUUUUAAAA